GCCAUGCUGCUGAGGGUGAGUGGUCCAGGCUUGCCACCCCCCCACCCUCAGUGACCAGGACAACUCUGCUCAGUAAGGUCUGCUCACCUGCGCCUUGAGGAUGGCAGUGCAGUUCCGCGCCCUCUUCCCGCUGGCCUUGCCUGGGGCGCUGGCGCUGCUCGGCUGGUGGUGGUUUUUCUCUCGUAAAAAAGGCCGUGUCAGCAGCCAGGACAAGCAGGCGGAGGCCAGUGCCGUGGACCUGAGCACAGACUCUGAGCAUCCCACCCUCGCGGAAGACCCCGGGCCUGGAGCCCCGCCCCCCGCCCCCAGGGUCACACAGCCGCCAGAGAAGGGACUGGCCCCGGCGAGCAAGCCGCGGCCACAGCCAGCUGCUCGGCGCUCCGAGUCCUCGGGCAGCCUUCCGAACACCGCCGACGCCAGAGCCUGGCCAGCGGCACACAGAGACGACCGUGCAAAGCCCGAGUGCCCCCUGCCAGCCCUGCAGGGCGUGCCUUUCCACCAUGAAGCGAUCGAGGCGUGUAAACAGCCCGUGGGGAGCAGGACACCAGGGAAGGCCUGGCCGGGUCAGUCUGCAGCCCUCUCGGAAAAGCGCGGCCCCGGGGAGAAGGCGAGGGAGCCUCUCCGGGCGGAAGGGACUGGCGACGCGGUGCUGGGCGAGCGUGUGCUACCAGAAGCCGUGCUGGCCCAGGAGCUGGACUCGCCGGUGGAGAACAGCAGAGUGCCCUGUCGGGCUCCUCUGGGCGGCACGAGGGAAGAGAUGGGGAAGGCCGGUCAGCCUUCAGGAGCCGGGCCGGUGCAGAAGGAAGGUGGGGCGGGAGGGCAGUUGUCCUCGGGUAACUUCAUCGAUCUGCUGAAGGACCCAGAGGUGCCGCCACCCACAGUUGGAGGUGACGAGCCCCGGGGCGGAGACCUGGCAGGAGAGGUGAGCCAGGAGAAGGUAGCAGGUGGCAGUGAGAUGCUGGAGCAGGCUGCCUCCCAGAUCAUCCACAGAGCGAUCCUUAGAGCCACGGAAGAAGUGCAGGCCACCAUGGGGGGCCAGGUUGCAGGCAGUGAGCUCCAAGGGUCACGGGGCGAGGGCUGUGCUGUGGUCAGUCAGGAAGCUGGCCCGAGGCCCGGCGCCCGAGAGCCCACUCCGGCCACAGCAGAAGCAGCUGCGGGCACGGUGGGUCCUACCCUGCCUUCGACAGACCCUCCAGCAGAGGACCCGUCCGCACCAAAGACCUACGUCAGCUGCCUGAGCAGCCCCCUGUCCAGCCCCAGCAGGGACAGCAAGCCGAGCAGGAACUCUGCGCACCACGUCUCUCUGGUCCCCUGCUCGCCAGCAGCUGCGCCCCUGGACAAGGCAAGCGUCGUGGUGGAAGACCCCGGCUAUGCGUCCUGCGUGUCAGACAGCAGCCAGGGCACCCCCUCCAUGUGCUCCUCGGGCCAGUGCUCGGAUUCUGCCAGCACGUCGGGGCUCAGAGACUCUUGCCCAGACACUAGCCUGAGCCCCGGGGACAAAGCCCUUGUGCCGCUGCCAGAGAGUACUGUGUCCCUCAGCAACGGGGUGCUGAGGGGGGAGUUGUCAGACCUGGGGGCUGAGGACGGAUGGAGCCUGGAUGCAGAAACAGACCACUCGGGAGGCUCCGACGGGAACAGCAUGGACUCGGUGGACAGCUGCUGCAGCCUCCAGAAGAGCGAGGCUUUCCAGAGUGCCCCGGCAGGCUCCGACCCCAAGAAGGUGGAUCUCAUCGUCUGGGAGAUCGAGGUGCCAAAGCACUUGGUGGGCCGGCUCAUUGGCAAGCAGGGGCGGUACGUGAGUUUUCUGAAGCAAACAUCUGGCGCCAAGAUCUACAUUUCCACCCUGCCCUACACCCAGAACGUUCAGGUCUGCCACAUCGAAGGUUCUAAGCAUCACGUGGAUAAAGCGCUGAACUUGAUCGGGAAGAAGUUCAAGGAGCUGAACCUCACCAAUAUCUACGCUCCCCCAUUGCCCUCACUGGCUCUGCCUUCUCUGCCCAUGACCACCUGGCUCCUACUGCCCAGUGGCGUCACUGUGGAGGUGAUCGUGGUCAGCCAGGUCAACGCUGGGCACCUGUUUGUGCAGCAGCACACCCACCCCACCUUCCAUGCCCUGCGCAGCCUGGACCAGCAGAUGUAUCUCUGCUACUCGCAGCCCGGCAUCCCCACCUUGCCGACCCCUGUGGAAAUUGCGGUCAUCUGCGCUGCCCCCGGUGCGGACGGGGCCUGGUGGCGCGCACAGGUGGUCGCCUCCUACGAGGAGACCGGCGAAGUGGAGAUUCGCUACGUGGACUACGGUGGAUACAAGAGGGUGAAGGUGGAUGUGCUCCGGCAGAUCAGGUCAGACUUUGUGACGCUGCCGUUCCAGGGAGCAGAAGUUCUCCUGGACGGCGUGAUGCCUCUGUCAGAUGAUGAGCACUUUUCCCCGGAGGCAGACGCAGCCAUGAGCGAGAUGACCGGAAAUGCAGCCCUGCUUGCUCAGGUGACGAGUUACAGUCAGACGGGCCUCCCCCUGAUCCAGCUGUGGAGCGUGGUUGGCGAUGACGUGGUGUUGAUAAACCGGUGGCUGGUGGAGCGAGGACUUGCCCAGUGGGUGGACAGCUGUUACCCGAACCUUUGACCCUCACCCCUCAACACAGCCGCUGCACCAGUCUUUUUGCUGUUAAAAUUGAGCUUGGCACUCAAGGCAAAGACCUGACAUCAGAAUAACAAAACGUUGUCCUCCCAGAAAGCCAUCCUGUCUCUUUCCUGUUGCGAUGAAAGGGAAGGACAGGCCUGUGUGUUCUUUUCAAAGCCAUAGGUUGGUACUCCACAAGCCCACUGACUUAAUCUGGUUCCACUUGUGAACAGAGAGAGCGACCUCAACUAGAUUGGUCCUGUUCCCCCCUGCCAUCCCCCCCUUUCCACCUCCCUUCGCGACCCUCCCCCUCCCCCAACAACUCAGCCGAGGGCGGGGUCUCAGCACAGAGCCGUGCUGAAGGGUCUCUGACUUCAGACCCUCUCUCCUACCUUCAGGGAGGAAGACAGGAACUGACUAACUAUAUCAGUUGCUCAUAUAGCUUUAUGUAUGUGAUCGAUGGCAUUUAGGCAUUUUUUAUGGGCUUUGUCAGGCCUCUGAGGACCCACACUUUUUUUAAUGGGGUGAAGGGUGGUGGCCAACACACACCUCUGGCCUGGGGGUGGGGGUGGGGGGUGGAGCCGGUGACCCUGCCAAGCCGGGUGUAAUUUGUAAUCAUUUUCUAUUUGUGCAAACUCUGUAAAUAUGUUUAAAAUGUAAUAUUUUGUACACGAUCUACUGGAGAACAAAGGGACCGGAGCUUGCCACCCCAUGUUACCUGUGAGCACUCGGCAGAGGGGACAGCCGGCCGGCCCCUUGCACUCCCCGCCCAUGUGAUGGGGAACUGUGGCCGAGGGGUUUGCUGCUGUACAAAUUUGUAAAAAAACAAAAACAAAACACAACUCAUUGAAUUAA